AUGACUGCUCUAAGCUCUUCUCUCAUAGGCAGGGCUUGCCGACAUUGCACACCAAAUGUGCGACGUGCACCUAGGCCCAUCUCGUACCGACUGACCUCGACUUUGGCCGCAAGCAAGCCAGUCAAUUUUGCCUGGUUCUUCUUCCACAAUAACAGAUGGACCAACUCCGGCUCUUCUCGGCGGUCACAAUCCGACAGUGCAACCUCACCAAUUCCUAUAACGCAGACAGGCUCGGUUAUUGAUGCAUCCCAGCAUCCUCAAGCAAUGGCACGGGGUUACCGCCAGACGGAAGUGCUCACUCCUCGUCGUCUUCUGAAGAUCUACACUCAACUGUCUAAAGGCCGCCUAACCGCCUUGGUUGUACUGACUACAAUGUCAGGCGUAGCACUAUGUCCAUUGCCUACCACAUUACCCGUUCUUCUGUCCACCGCCAUCGGCACCACACUCUGUUCAGCCUCCGCUAACACCCUGAACCAAAUACAGGAGGUCCCCUUCGACGCCCAAAUGUCCCGUACACGUAUGCGUCCCUUGGUACGACGAGCAAUUAGUCCGCUUCAUGCUGCCGGUUUCGCUGCCGUCACAGGGAUCACAGGUCCUGUCAUCUUGUGGACUAUGGCGAACCCUACCACUGCGUGUCUCGGCUUUGUCAAUAUAGCAUUGUAUGCGGGAGCAUAUACAUGGCUCAAGCGCAAGAGCAUACUCAACACUUGGGUUGGCGCCAUAGUGGGUGCUAUCCCUCCACUAAUGGGAUGGACGGCAUGCGGCGGGAAUCUACUCCCAACCACACAGUUAGAUCUCUACCUCCCCUCCUUCCUUUCCUCGGUGCCUGUUGAACACCUCGUUGACAACUCACUUGCGCCGCUUGCACUCUUUGCGCUGCUCUUCGGUUGGCAAUUCCCCCAUUUCAACUCACUCUCGCAUCUACUCCGAGAAUCAUACGCGCAGGCGGGAUAUCGCAUGCUCUGCGUCCUCUCUCCCGCGAAGAAUGCCCUAGUCUCCCUCCGGCACACACUCCUCUUCUUCCCCAUAUGUUCAAUUUUAAUUCCCUUGUCUGGGCUGACAACGUGGACCUUCUCUCUCGUCAGCUUGGUACCGAACCUAAUCGUUGCGGAAGCGGCAUGGACAUUUUGGCGGUCGAACGGCGAGAAGCAAGCACGCCGUCUAUUCUACCACUGUCUCUGGUAUCUGCCGGUCAUUUUGGGGACAAUGAUGUUUUGUAAGCGAGGGUUGGAUUGGACAUCGUGGAUGGAUGACAAGGUGGAUGAGAAUGAAGACACAACUCAGUUGGUACCAUCAAAAUCAUAG